AUGACUCUGCCGGUGACUGCAGUUUUUCGCCGGACCCGGAUCUUGGCGGAGCACAGGUCACCGCGCUCACCGGCAAUGGGUAGAGGACAACAAAGCCAACCUACUGCUUCAUCGUCUUCAACGGUUCCUAAGAAGAAAAGAAUACGGGCGAUAGGUUUUGGUGGUCUCCUGAAGAUUGCUUCUAAAACCAUUUCUGCAGGUUUUGCAGACUGGUUGAUGGUUGAGUGCUAUGAUGCUGAUUCAUCGGAGCUGGUGUUCCUGGCAGGGGAAGGAUUUCAGUCAAUGCUGAUUCAGUGUGUCGUGCUUUUGGUCUUCCAAACAAUGAUGAUGAAGUUAAGUAUGAGCUUGAUGUUGGUGCGAUCAACUUCAUCAAUGCUUAAAGACGCAACGGCCAAAAUGGGCAAAAGAAGAUCUUUUAAGGGUUGUCUUCUUGUCCUUGUGAUUCUAUAUGUAGACUCGCUUCUGGUUGACAAUGUACAAAUCCCUUAUACCAUGCCUAGAGUUGCAGCAUGGUCAAGGAAAUUGUUGGAUCAGGUCAUCAAGUUAGACACCAACAAUGAUGGCUCAUUUGGGAAGCUCAAGUCGAAAGGGCCAAGCUAUUCUACUCCACAGCCUUCAUUAUUCCACAUGGAUGAUAUAAGAAGAUUUGUCUCCUCGAAGGUUCCCAGUGGCAAUUCAGAUCAGAAAAAAAGUAUGCUCAACACCGCUGUUAGCCAGUUCUGCUUUGGUUUCACAAAGCUUCUCGACACAAUUUUUGGAAAAAAGACACAACAGACCAACGCGUUCCAAAUUGGACAAGUUGUACCUUCCUGUGCACAAAGGCAGACUAGGGCAAUGAGUAGAAGAGGACAUGUUGAUGAAGAUGAAUCUUUGUGUCAAGAAUCUAAAGAGGAUUUGUCGAGUGAUGAAAAUGGAGAUGGUGACACUGACCAAGAUGAAGAUUCUAAGGAUGAAGAUUCCGAUUCAGAUCAUGAGACUGCGUUUGAUGAUGAUGGCAAUGGAAAUUUGUCCCCUGUACUGGAGGAGGAAGACGAAGGCAUUGAAAAGCAAGAUGAGGAUGAUACUGCUUCUUUGGAAGAACCUAAGUUGGAUGCAACUAGAGUUGACAAGCAAUGUAAUGUGCAGCCACCUGUAGAUUCAUCCACCCGUGUUGAAGCUCAAGUUGAUGACAGUGAAGAUCUUGUCCCACUGAAGGUCUGUUUGGAAAGGUUGCAAGCUUUGAAAGUUAAAGAUAAGAAGGAUACAACAACUUCUAGUGAACCUCAACCACCGGAGAUUAUUCCUCCAGAACCUACCAUCAAGCCCAAAUCCAAUGCACAAAGAAUGAAGGAAAAGCUUAGGCUCCCCCCAAGUGGUGACUCAUGUUGUACCAGAAGCUGUCCUUUGGAUUUUACACCCCCAGAUAUCAACAUCGUGAAAUUUGUAGAUUCACAGGGUGGACCCAACAACUUUGCAGGUGCUACUUCAACAGCACCUAUUGAAAAGAGGAACUUGCUAAGUUGGAAAAAUGAUGCUCUUAUCGAGUUUGAGAAGAAAAAGGUGAAACUAGCAGUUGAUUUUCAGGCAUCUGAUCCUGUACCUCCUCCAUCUACAUCUAAGGAGCCUGCUAGUGGCAAUUCUUCAGUUACACCUGCCUAUGAGCCUCACCCAAGAAGGAUUCAGAAAAGGCCAGCUGCUCUCCGCUCGCCUUAUAUUGACUUUGCUACAAAGAGGACUUUCCAUUACAGCAAGGAUGUUUGUGAUUUAUAUGCUGCUGUGUGUGCACAUGGAAAUGCAAGCGUGAUCAUGAUCAAUUUUUGGAGCUUUUAUGUGACGCUAGAUCAUCUUGCUCUAUCUGUUAAUCCUGGUGGGAAGCUAAUGAGCCCAGUUGCUGAAAUUGCAAUCUACACAAUUGACGACACCAGUAGAAAGACUGUCAAACGUGUUCUACCUUUACGAGUCUCGACUUUCAUGCAGGAGGGCAACCUAACUAUGACACAGGUGAUGUUCCCUGUGCUUCAAUCACUUGGAGAUGGAAAAUCUGCAACACAUGUAGGACACUACUUUUUGCUUGUCCUGAACCUACGAAACCAAAGGUUUGAGGUGUUAGACUCAAUGAGAACUCUGGAAGAUGAAGCUCUCUUCAAGUGCUGCAAUACCUUGAUAGGGGCAAUCAAACAACUUUGGACCAAACAUGGUUAUGAGGCAAAGAAGCCCAUAUGCAAUUAUGAACUUGUUGAUAUUGGUGUUCCAAUCCAGUCCAACAAUCAUGAUUGUGGUUUCCAUAUGUUGAUGCAUGCUGAACAUUGGGAUGGACGUUCAAUGCAAUAUUUCAAGGAGAGUGACAUCCCUAAUAUACGCAAGCUUCUACUGCAUAAGUGGCUAACUCACAAAGAUAAUGUUGUGCAGAAUUGGAAAGACAGGCUGCAUUUAUAA